AUGUCAGACGAAUUAGCAACUUUAAAGAAGCAAGUGGAAGAAUUACAGAGUCUAGUGAAAAGGCAAAGUUUGCUGAUUUCAAAGACAGGCCAGUCUGUUCUGGAAAUGCAAGUUAGUAAGCAGAAGAAAGAUAUUGCAGAUUUUGAUGAUAAUUACUUGCCUGCGGGUAGCAAUAACAAUAACGCUGGGACUCUAGAUACAACGGGGUUUGCUACGAAUGAGGACUUGGUUCAGUUGGUUGGGGAAUUGCAGGGGCAGUUAGAUUCGAUGGAGGAAAGGUCUGUGAGGAGAGUUACAAACUCUACCAAAACUGAAUCUAAGGACUUUUUGACACCUUUACCCAAUGCUGAUGGUGAAAUUCCGGACCCUAAGAAUGGGUUAUUCCCCCUUACCCUAGGACACUUUGAGAAGUUGGAGGAUAUCAAGUUGUAUAAGUUAGCUAAGUUUUAUGAGUUGCUCGCACCUUCUAUAAAAGAGCAGGAGAAGUUUGAAGAAUUUUUAGAGGGCAAGGUUGGCGACUUUCAUAUCAGUGAAACACCAGAUGACGAUAUUGAGAAGGAACUCAAGUCGCUAAGUAAGGAAGAGCUAGAUGAUAUCUUCAAUGAUGUUGCUAGAUAUCUUGGUAUUAGGGUCAGAAGAGGUACAGAUAUUUGCUAA